AGAGCAUAGGGCGCAUGCGCAGCGGCGACGGCGUCCGCAAUGGCUCCCUCACAGCGCGUUUGGGUGCUGCGGUGCUGCCGCUGUCGCCUUUUCCAGGCGCACCAGGAGAAAAAGGGUCUGAAGUGGACAUGCAAAGCUUGUGGAGAGAAGCAGUCAUUUUUGCGGACUUACGGUGAGGGCUCCGGUGCUGACUGUAGACGCCAUGUCCAAAAAUUAAAUCUGCUACAGGGACAGAUUUCAGAGAUGGCAUUAAGGUCUCUGGAAGAACCUGGAAAUGUUGAUGAAGAGGAAAAUGCGGGGCCCAGGCAGGCUGAGCGUGAGAGUGUGCAGGAAAAACCCCAGUCCUCAGAGAACCGCUGGCUGAAGUAUCUGGAAAAAGACUCGAAAGGGCUGGGGAUGGAAGGAGGCGUGUGUUUCGAGAGCCCACCCUCGUCCAGGACAGAGAAGCCAGAGCCUUCCUUCAACACAGGCCUGCCUAAAAAAAGGAAAUGGAGCCAGAGCACAGUCCAGCCUCCACCCAGCCCUGAUCUCCAGAACCUAGGUGAUUCUGAGGUUACCUUGGAGCCCCAGAAGGACGAAGCUGGCCUGGCCGGGAAGGUCAAAGGCGGCGGGGACCACCACAAGGACAGGGGAGCUGUUCCUCGGGUGGGUCCUCCACGUCUGGCCCCACAGGUCAGAGCUACAUCUUCCAAGUGGGAACGAUUCCUUCUGCCACCUGGAAAUGGCCCACGUGCAGACAUGGAGCCCUCACUGGCCCUACAGAGAGACCCCAAGCAUGCUGAGGCAGCACUGGCUGAGCAGGGGACCCUGUGGGUCCAGACCCCAAGGGAAGGGCACCCCAGCAGGCCACUCGGUGCACCCAAACUUCCCUGGCCUGCGCAUACUUCCACAUCGGGGUCUCAGAGGCCCUGUGUAAAGCCCUCCAGACAACCACGGGACACUGGUCCUCUGGCAAAGGGCAGUCCCUUGGUCACAGGGAUACAGGAGCCCCCACUUGUGCGACUAUGUGACCUUUUUAAAACUGGUGAGGACUUUGAAGAUGAUCUGUGAAGUGACUUAAACAAGGUUACCCACCCGGACACAUGUUACGUGAGCCCUUAUCCCCUGGACCUCUUGGCCACUGCCAG